GCAGUCCCAUCCGUAGUAACACAAAUGACGUGUGCUUUGGCCCGCCUGUGACGUAAGCCGAGAAGCUACAGGGGAUAAGCUAAUAGUGUAUACGGACCCGGAAGACGAUUCGAAUUUUAAAAAAACAAAAAUGUCUUGUUCUCAAAUAAACUACGAACUUUCGACCAAACACAUUGGACGAAGUUGUAAAUCCAAAAAGUAGGCGAACUCGACACAGGAGCAGGUAGAGGAGGAGGAGCAGCGGCAGGAGGAGAAGAAGUCGAAGGAGGAGUCCAUGUCAAACUUUGGUCGCUUUUUUUAUAUCGAGAACAGCGUGUUCCAGUUCAAACAUGGAUACAAUUCUGAAAUUCACCAGUCACCACCAGGGCAAAGACCGCGUGUUCAGGGCGACCCAGUUUGCGUGUGCGCUGUCGACGUAUCUACUCAGGACCAACACAGACAGAACCAAACUUCUAUCCACGCUCAAAACUCUGGAGGCCAACCUGAAUGCUGGGAGAAAAGAUGGUGUCCAUCGCUCCCUGCAGUGACAUGGAGACAGAGACCUGUCGUGAGGAGGAUGAAGGACCUUCACUGGAACCUUCAGAACCCCAAGAAAACCAGACCAUUGGUGGGUCUGUUUACACGGACAAUUGUAAAGAAGUGACUCCUGGUUCUUCAGAUGAAGACAAAGGACUGCAGGAGAAAGAGCAGCCUGGAACAGUUGGUUCUGAAGGAACAGAGCAGUGGACCCAGUUAAAGACCGUCUCUGAUCCUGACACGGAGGUUGGUGAGACACAACGUGAAGGACACAAAAAACUGAAGAAGACCAACAGCUGGAAGAUGGUGCGAUUUCAAGAUCCGUCGGAGGACAAGGACACGUUGGAGAGGGACAGUUCUGCGGAGAGUCUCUUUCCAGAAUAUCCACUGCAGCAGUGGAGCCGCUUCACCUUUGAGGAGCUGUUCGCAGCUGAAGACUGGCAGGACAUCACAGAGGACCAGCUGUUGAGGAAAAAAGUUCUGGAACCUGUGGAGCCACAUGUCCCGCACCCCACCUGGGGUCAGGAGGUCACAGUGAAGAUGCAAGGAGUCCUGGAGGACCACACUGUGGUGGAGAAGGACUGGAAACUUGUCUUUGUUGUCGGAGAGGGAGAUGUAACCCAGGCCCUGGAGGAGUGCGUCCUGUCCAUGCAGCAGGGGGAGAUCACAUUACUGCUGGCCGACUCACAGUACGCGUACGGACUUUUGGGAAGAGAGCCUGACGUCCCAGCCUGGUCUCCUCUUCUGUACCAGCUGCAGCUGCUGGACGUCAGAGACAAACCCGACCGGUCGACUCUGUCCGUCGCCGACCGCAUCCGUCUGGGCAGCCGAAAGCGUGAGCGAGGAAACUUCCACUUCCAGAGGGAGGAUUACGUCAGCGCGGCCAGGGCCUACGGUCAAGCUCUGGAGGUUCUGACCACAGCGGUUCCAGGUGGGGGCGGUGGUGUGGAGGAGAAUGCGGAGGUCCAGCAGGAGGAGGAGGAGAAAGUGGAGCUGAUGGAGGUCCAGGAGUCCAGGGUGAAGUGUUUGAACAACCUGGCAGCAGCUCACAUCAAACUGGAGCAGCUGGACCAGGCCCUGCAGGCCAGUCUGGACGUCCUGACCCUGAGUCCACACAACGUCAAAGCUCUCUACAGGGCCGGAAAGCUCCUGUCGGACCAGGGUGAAUAUAAAGAAGCCAUGGAGAUGCUGAGGAAGGCCUUGAAGCUGGAGCCCAGCACCAAGGUCAUCCACCUGGAGUUAUCCAAACUGGUGAGGAGACAAACAGGAAGUCAGGAUUCAGACACGCCCAAACCCAGAAGUGCAGAGCUGCUGAAGGAGAACACGUCAUCGUCCCUGGUUCCUCCUCAGAAGAACCCAACGGGAACUUCCUGGAAGUUUGUCCUUGGAGCCCUGGUGGUGGCGCUGGGAAGUUUGGCGACGUCCGUGUUUUUAAGUAUAAGACAAUGACUUUUGUCUUUUGUGGACAUGCUGGAACGUCAUGGACUGGAGUUCUGUUCUGAACCAGGAAGUUCUCUGCAGCUGCAGGUCACAGGACUCAAGUCCAAACUUGGACCAUGGACACGCAAAACACUCCGCCUCGGACUUGGACCGUCUGAAAACUCAGAACACUGGGAACCAAUUACAGAACACUGAUCUGGACAGGAAGUCCCUCUGAGACCGGGACUUGUACAAAGAUUUUUAAAAACUGAAAAAAUCUGACAUUUAAUCCUGUACAACUGACUUGAACCGGACACGUGAGUCCGCGUGAACCCUGUCUUUGACUUUUACCUGUACAGUCAUUCUCUGAGACUGGACCUCAGCUCGCUCUCUUUCAGUCUUAACUCAGAGACUGAAAGAGAGCUGAACUUGACCUCUAAAAAAAAAAGCACAGAUGUUUAUUCCCACAUUUAACAUUAAUUAAAAACGCGUUACAUUUACGACCUGCUACUAUUGUAAAGCUGCCCUGUGAUGUGACUUUAAAUGAUCUUUAAAUUACAAUCUAUCUAAAAAAAAA